AUGUCCGACUUGGAUGAUGACAUCAGUGGAACUAUUCAGGAGGACAUAAUUGAAGACCGGGUUAUCAACUUCGAUGUCGAUCUUGGCAACAUGACAAAACCCAUCCCAAUAAAGAUUGCUGGUUCCUGGGUCCUGUUCCAAUACCACAUUGCAAUGGCAAUGGAGUUUGAAGAAUCCGAGUUGAGACUUGGCUAUAAGCUUAGCACCGAGACCAAAGUGGCAAAGUGUUAG